AUGUGCAAACAUUCGGCAUUGCAGCUACAUUUAUUUUAACGAGAAAACUAUCGCAAUGCCUUCGAGUUUAGUUGACCUGCGGCCGGACCGUCGUCUGUUGGACCACGAGUUCGAAGGUUACAAGCUUAACCUGCAGGCGUUGCCUCACUACAGCCACGAGCUAACGUCGCCCGUAGACCGUGUAUUCCCCGACGACGUCCAGUACUCUUUCAUUCACGCGAAGCUCUUCGCACUUCAUAACCACCUAGUAGCGGAUAAGUGGGAUUACACGCACAGCUUCUACUACAUAGAUGAGAAACAGCAAGUUAGGCACAUUAGUUUCGAUAACGCUAAUCUAACGUUUCAAAACACCGUUGUUUACGAUAUCCCGGCUCAUGUGGAGCGGAAAUCUGGUCAUUUUAACCUGUGCCUGUCGUUCCCCUCGAAUACUUUGGCUUUGGUGAGUGACGGGACAGGGUACUUGCAUAUAGUUGACACGCGCGCUCGCAGCAGACCAGCCGAACGUAAUGCACAAUGGCAAACGCAGCAAUCAAGUCUCAUCUUGGGCGAAGAUAAGUAUUUCAUAAUUGUAGACUCCAGAAUUGUAGAGAAAAACAAUACGGAAAUCUUACACUGUCUCUUACAGUCCGUAGAGCAGAAUGAGGCUCAGUUUGACUCUGUUUUGACAUGGGUCAUUUUUAACUUUGACGUAAUUAACUCAACCUGGUGUCAAAUGAGCUUUCGACAAGUGCAAGGCAAAGGCAUUGUACAUUAUGCCGCAUUGGAGAGUUUGUGUUCGGCUAUCUACCUAGCUUCAGACCAUCCAUUCAAAUUUACAAAAGACUCGGAAAAGGAAAUAGUAGAAAAAAAGGAAGAGAUCAAAACAAUAUUGUACACUUGGCUGCAAACAUCAGAAGAUAUAACUAUUACAUUGAAAUUGGAAGAUAACUUUGACAAGAAGCUCUUCCGAGUGGAUGUUGGUCCGUUGGAAGUUAAAAUAAGCUACGGGGGUAAAGAGUUGGUGAGUGGCCGGCUACGGAACAGAGUGGACAGCGAGUUGACUACCUGGAAUGUACAAGAUAAUGGUCAAGUUAAUGUAUUGUUGACAAAGUCAGACAGUAUGCUGUGGGACAACCUCAUUGAGGGUGGUGAUAAUAAGGGUGAACAGAUUAUGGACGAGAGUCUGAUCAAGGAGGCACAUCGCAGACUGUCACAUCUGUGCUCCGAGACAGAGGUGACAUCCAUUGAACAGUCCGCUCCAGGGCUCUCCACACAAGAGUUGGAGGAGUGUGACGCAGCAUCCGAGGAAGACACAGUGCUAGUUCGCCUAGACACCAACCACGAGACCACCCACCGCGUGCCGCUGAGCGUCAACCGCUACCUCUUCAGCCUCACCAUCGACCCCCAACAGUCGCCCGCCAUCGUCCUCCGCCACGACGUCGACGCCUGCAUCUGGCAACCUUACCCUACCGACAACCGACCCUUUCUCAUCCACGAGGGAACUCUAAUGGCCUUCGGAUACAUACAGUCUUCAAAAACGAAUAGGAAAUUCAUCACUUGCCCUCCUAAUUUAUCUUAUGGGGUAGUAUGCGAGAGUUCGAGGCAUAUUUUCGUGUAUCAGCAUAGGAAUAGUGGGCAGUUGAGGAAUAGGAGUGGGGGGGUGAAUAGGUUGGUGAAAGUGGGGCAGCAGAACGUGUUUAACGUGGAGAGGUUCGGUGAGGUGGUGGGGAUUGAGGCGACGAAUGAUUAUUUGUUUGUUUUGACUGAGAGUUCUUUGGUGGCUAUAGGUAUUCAGUAGGGCACGAAGGUUGAUAUCGGGGUGUAGCCGAGCGCG